AUGGCGAAGGUUGUCUAUAAAGAAUCGGCAGUUCUUAACAUUCCAAGCGAGCGUGCGCUUGGAUUACAUGCUAAUCACCGCGAAAUAUGCCGGUACCAGGGCGCGGAUGAUCCGAUAUUUAGAGAAGUUGCUGCCCGCCUCCAGCAAUUGGUAGAGUUAGGCCCUCUACGUAACGAUGCCCGGGUAUUUCUUCCGUGGGACGUCACGCCACAUUUUACUGGACGACGAGAUUAUAUUAAGAAGAUCCAUGAUGUUUUCUCUGGCUCUAAGGGCCGUCGAAUAGUCGCGAUUCACGGGGAUGGCGGCAUGGGGAAGACGGAAAUAGCUUUAAAAUAUGCACGAGAAAAUGAGCACCGCUAUGACUACGUUCUUUUCGCGAAUUCAACUAACAUCCAGUCUUUGGAAAGUGAUUUCAGUGAUCUUCAUGAAAAACUCGGAUUUCCUCCAAAUAUUACUCGUGCUGUGGAGGAUAUCAAGCAAUUCCUGCGUCUAGAGCGAUGUUGGCUCAUGAUACUCGACAAUGAUAACGACUGGUUGGCCUUUAACCGAUUUGGAUUCCCAGAAACUGGACACGGACAUAUCAUCAUUACAUGUCGAGCUCGGGUGCAUACCAGUGACCCAAGGAUUACUAUGGCACUUCCCAUGAAUCCACUGAAACCUAUGGAGGCCAAGGAUCUGCUAUUCUCGAGAGCUGGCAUCGAUACCAAGGACAGGCUUAGUUGGGAACUUCAAGCAAAAGAUGUUAUCAAACGCAUGGGAUGUCAGCCUCUUGCGGUCGAUUCGGCUGCUGCAUAUAUAUUGUGCAACAAUAUUACCAUUCAUGAGUAUCUCAAUGCCCUCAAAGGAAGGAAGAUUUCGCGGAGGCUGCUUUCCUAUAGGCCCAAAGGAUCGAAGUAUCAGACGUCGGUUGAAACAAUUAUCCAGAUGGCGCUUGACGAGAUCAAAAAGAGCCCUGACGCUUUUCGAUUGCUUAAUAUUCUUGUUUGGCUCGAUCGAACUAAGACCACGAUCAGUUUUCUCAAGCGUGCGGUCUUCCCCCAGCCUCGAUGGGGCCCUGAUGGUCAAGUUGAAAUGAGGGACCCGCAAAGGAGUUAUGUACCUUCGGAUCUUAUUAGUCUUAUAAACGGCCCAAGCUUUCAACUUGCACUCAAAGAAUUACAGUCAUACUCUCUAAUUGCCAGUGACGAAAUAUUUCAAGAUGGAAGAAGCUUACGGAGCAACGAUGCAAUUGUUUUGCAUCCUCUGACAUAUUUUUAUAUUAGAGAAUCUCUCAGCCCUGACAGAAUGUUAGAGAAUGCAAUACAUGCGCUCAGCCUUGUUGUACAUGCGUACCCGAUCAUGCAAGCUGGGUUAGACCAAAGGUAA